AUGUUCACGCCCGAUAGAGAGUUGUGUCGAAAUUUCUCGGCGCCCUUCUGCGGUGAGUUAGCGAUAAUUGUUUUAAUUAAUCAAUUCUUCAUAACCGAAUGUAUUUGUAGACAGUUUGGUGGAAGAGGCUAGGGAGAUAAACUGUCAAAUUGACGCUGUAUGUAAUUACGUUGUUGUCGUUCUCCUCACUGAGCCAAAAUUCAAGCUAACUCCCUGCGGUCUAGAUCACCUGAAGGCAAAUCCGCAAGGAAAUUAAAUGAAAUGCAAAGAUCCAUGCACAGUGUAAAUCUCUCUAGUUGACUAUAUAUUAAGAAAAGGCUGCUCCGUUUCUAAGCACUCGAACAAUAGGUCUUAUUUGAAAUGGCAUUAAAUGUCAAGAUCUUGAGAGACCCGUUCAAGAAAGUGCGGUUUGUGAAAUUCCAUUUGUUUGGUGUUACCUGGGUGAAUAUUUAUCGAUGGUUUUUCGGAUGAGACUGAGAACUGACACCUCGUAUUCCACCUAUUGGAUGGGUCUUUUUCAUAGCUGCCAUUUAAAAAGUAAACUGAAAUGUCGGAUUGUUUAUCAGUGAGUCUGGUAGGGCCACGUCUCUGGUAAAGUUUGCAGGUCACGCAAAGUUUUAAGAUUCUGAAUCAUCAAAAAGCCUUUUUCGUGAUGAUAAGACGCUACUUUUUCCGUAAUUAGUGUACAGAUUGUGUUGCGGAGUUGUCGUUACAGGCGACAAGGUGAGUUCCAGGAAACAGUUGAGGAGGAGACUCGAUUGCCGGAGGAAGAAUUUUAUUUGUUUGACGCUUCGGAUUCACACUCGGACACUUCAUUAGAGAUAGCAGCAUGCAGAGAUACUUAACGCACGAGGCUUGCAGUACUUAUGGUGCUUAGUUGGUGUGUAACCGUAUGCCUACCAUAAUUAAUAGCUCGCGCAUUUGUCAAAAAUUGUCACACAUGGUGAGACGAUAGAUUAAUUGUCCGCAUCUGAAUCAUUAACUGCUACACUUUGUUCAGUUCUAGAUAGUUGUUUAACAAUUCGGAUCCAGGAUACCCUCGCUAGAAACAAUGCUCCCCAAUGCGCGCUCUGUACCCAGCUAAGUACUCUGUCCAGGUAGCCUCAGCAACAACAAAGACUUGGUUAUCGCACUGUCGGGCGUUUCACCGUCGUGCCGGAUAGGACAGACUGUGUACCUUCAGAAGGCAGAGGGCUUGCUGAACGAUGGCAAAUUCUAUGUUUGGUGAAUAACUGGCCUCGUAAAGGGGCUGGCGAGCGAAAUUAACAGUGAUUUGUUGACAACGGAGACCUUACUUAAAAAUGACCUCGGACGCAGCCAAAUAAUUUCACUGAUUUCUGAAGUCAGUAGUAGUAGUAGUUAAUAUGUAAAGAACAUCUCAACGUCGUUUUUCAGAGCAUGCAAAUCCUGACGGACUAGGAAGGUAGCAAUCAGCUGCUCUUCUUCGAUCUACCCUCAUCUGCCGCAGAGGUGCAUAGACAUGUGAAAAACACAAUAAAACGACAGCAACGACUUCACCAGCAAGGAAAGAGUUGUGCCUAAACGUUUUGUCAGCGUCCAUGAGGUGCAUUGCAGUGAACAAGAAAACAAGAUAACGGAACUACAAAAUUCGACGGAUACGCGGAGCGGACGGCUUCCAGCGCAGCUUUGUCAUCUGGUGCACACCAAAAUAAGACAAAACGAAAAACUGUGCCGACCUCAAAUUUCGACGAACACUCCCGCCCGCUAAGAACUUCUCAGAAAACUGUUAGAUGCCUCCUGUCAGCACUCGGAGUCGGGAUUUCACGCAAACUGGAAGCGCCCAUCAGCCGCCAAGUAAUGAGGACGAAAGAUCCGCUGCCACAGUGGAAAACGCUCACAGUCGCCUGCCGGAUCUGAUGGAAGUAGUGGCAAAGCAAAUACGCAAGAAAAGCAGGGGAUUACUCUGGUUGCAGAUGACCGAACAUGCGGCGGCAAAGGAGGAAUGACCCCAACUCACACGUCGCGGAUCAUUUAACAAGAUCCGUUAAGACCUUCAAGGGAAAAAAGAUAAAAGUUCUCGUGAGGGGAACUAAUCGCGUGAGUCUCGAGCUGACUCAAUCCCGGUUAUCCCAAUCGCAGUCCAUUAGCAAGAACAGCGAAGUCCUCCUCCAUAUUCGUCUCAGGAAUAUAAAAUCCCCCUAGUUGGAAGCUGAGCAAAAAAACCUACUUCGGAAAAAUUUGACCCCUCUAGUCAACCAACCAACAGGUCGGCUGAGGUCUAGUGUUCCUCCGAUAAGGAAUGAUGGCUGACCUGGCCGAAAUUUGUGUUGGAUGUUCUGAUUUCAUUGGUUGACAUUUUGUGAGCAUUUAAACCAGAAGUGGAGCUAAAAAAACUAAACCACGAUUUUUAUCACGUCUUUUUUAGGAAAGAAUGACACAGGGGAUGUGGUAGAAUACACCUACACACUGCAGCGCCCUAAUCGGGGCCAUCAAUUUGAGUACGUCUUCUGUUCCACCUCCAACAGCUACCUAUCUACUGUCAUUGAUUGGGAAAACGAACGUAAGUUUCCAACCAAAGCAUUUCAGCCAUGUUCUAUCACUGAAUACAUUGUCUUGGCCUAUGGGUAUGAAGAACGUCCAAAUGAAAGUGUGCGGUAGGGCGUUUUGCAAAGUUACACGCUUCCUGGAUUCCCGUCAGUAAUUCCGUUGUACCAAAAACCUGUGAUAACAACCAGAGUAUCUGAGAUCAAUCAUUCAUUAAGACUGUAGACCACAGCUGAUCAUCAGUGGUGUACGCAUGAUGUUGAAAUACAAACGGUCAUAUAAAGUGUCAGACGCUUUGCUACGCAGCAUACUUCAGCGGGCGAAACAAUGCAGACUAGCUCCAAGUUAUACAGUAGUCAUACGUAAUGCAGUAGCUGGUUCGCGGUUACAUAGGAGCAUGAGAGAAGGGGGUUAUGGAAAAUAUCAAUAUUUCGAUUGUGCCGGACACAGAAUACUGUCGAUAAAUGUUACAUCUCAACUACACAGACGCGUCUACUUUGAAACACAACUUUUUGGUAAACUAAUAAGUGGUCACAGAUGAAAUAUUUGAUAUCUAACUUGGAUUUCUUCCGAUUCCAUAAAAAUGAUCCUUUAGAAAUAAUGUGUGUGGGUGAGUAUUUGGAAAAGAAGCUAUGGUUCGCUACUGACAGUGGAGAGAUAAGGCAGGGUAUUCUACCAAAAAUAGUCUACCAGAGGAAUUACUUUUUAAACUUAAAUUAACCACCGAGGUUUACAAUCAAUAACUUUGAUUCGUUUGCAGUUGAAUCCCAGUAAGACUGAAAACACACAUUGAUGGUGAUUUUAGUUCACCAGCUUUAAAAUAUUCAACGGCAUCGGAAGUCAUAAAACGCAAACGUGGCACCUGUGAUUGCAGUAAUACCUUCACACGCAAGUCGGGAAUAAUUAGUAUAAACAAUUUCUAGUAGGUUUGCUAAGACAAGAUUGUAACUGUAUGCAUAUUCAUUGCUUUCUUAUAAAAUCUCAUCCAGGAUACGAGGGUGACGAUGGCACUGGUGAGAGCGACGACGGCGAGAAUGAGGAAGGCAGCGAGGGGGUAACGGAUGAGGAAGAGAGCGGAACUGACGGGGAUGAAGAAGGAAGCGGAGACGACGAGAACGAGGAAGACGGCGAGGGCGGCGAUGAGGAUUUCAAUACUAGUGACGCCGAAACCGACGACAUUCAUGAGAACACCGAUGAGUAUACGGACUCUAGGGAAAAGACCUCAACCCAUGGUCUUGAAAAUGGCGUACUCGGUACAGAAGAUGACGGAGUUGACUUGGUUGAUGUUUAA